AUGCCAGGAGGCCGCAGGGGCCUUGUUGCCCCGCAAAAUACCUUCCUUGAGAAUAUCAUCAGGAGGUACAAUUCGCUACCCGACUGCAGUUUCCUUCUCGCCAACGCUCAAAUUGUGGACUAUCCCAUAGUCUACUGCUCGGAGUCAUUCUGCAAAAUAUCGGGCUACAACCGAGCCGAAGUCAUGCAAAAAUCGUGCAGAUGCGCCUUCAUGUAUGGCGAAUUGACCGAUCGCCAAACAAUACAAAAGGUCGAUCAGUGUCUGGAAAACCACCAGUCCGAACAGGUGGAGAUCCUACUCUACAAAAGGAACCGGACACCACUAUGGCUACUCUUACACGUAGCUCCCAUCAAAAACGAAAAGGAUCUCGUCGUUCUGUUUCUCCUGACAUUCCGAGAUAUCACCGCUCUGAAACAACCUCUGGAUGACGACGCUGCUAAGGCGGGCCUUUCGAAGUUCGCCCGUCUGGCCCGAUCCGUUACCAGAAGUCGGUCGGUUCUGGUGCAAUUCUCAUCUCACUUGCCGGUGGCUAUCAAAAGUGAACACAGCUCUAAACAGUCCCAGAUAGCGCACAUGAUGAGCUUAAAUGCUGAGGUACUUCCACAAUACCGUCAAGAAGCUCCGAAAACACCACCUCAUAUUCUGCUUCACUACUGUGCCUUCAAAGCAAUAUGGGAUUGGAUAAUUCUCUGUUUAACGUUCUACACUGCAAUAAUGGUGCCGUACAAUGUGGCAUUCAAAAACAAAACGUCCGACGAUGUCUCAUUGCUUGUUCUGGACUCAAUCGUCGACGUGAUAUUCUUCAUUGAUAUUGUACUAAACUUCCACACAACCUUCGUGGGUCCCGGAGGCGAGGUCGUCUCGGACCCUAAGAUCAUACGAAUGAAUUACCUGAAAAGUUGGUUCACCAUCGACCUACUGUCCUGUUUACCCUACGAUGUAUUCAAUGCCUUUGACGGAAGUGAAGAUCAACAAGGCAUCGGGAGUUUGUUCAGCGCAUUGAAAGUCGUUCGACUCCUCCGAUUGGGACGGGUUGUCCGUAAGCUGGAUCGAUAUUUAGAAUACGGUGCUGCGAUGUUAAUCUUGCUGCUAUGUUUCUAUAUGCUUGUCGCGCAUUGGCUCGCUUGCAUUUGGUACUCGAUCGGACGCAGCGAUGCUGAAAAUGGAUAUACCUUCAGUUGGCUCUGGAAGUUGGCAAACACAACAAAAGAAGAAUUCCGAUUUUUCUAUCCCGGCGGCGGGAAGGCUGAACUGAAGGGGGGUCCUGCAAGGGGCACCAUGUACGUCACGUCCCUCUACUACACAAUGACCUGUAUGACUUCCGUUGGCUUCGGAAACGUCGCCGCGGAGACCGACAAUGAAAAGGUGUUCACAAUCUGUAUGAUGGUGAUAGGAGCGUUACUUUAUGCCACGAUCUUUGGACAUGUAACGACAAUCAUCCAGCAGAUGACUUCGGCCACUGCUCGCUACCAUGAGAUGCUGAACAACGUGAGGGAGUUCAUGAAGUUGCAUGAAGUUCCCAAGGCACUCAGUGAGCGCGUCAUGGAUUACGUCGUUUCCACGUGGACAAUGUCUAGGGGCAUUGACACUAAAAAAGUUUUAGGCUACUGUCCUAAAGACAUGACGGCCGAUAUCUGUGUACACCUAAACCGAAAGGUCUUCAACGAACAUCCGGCGUUCCGACUUGCCUCGGACGGCUGCCUGCGAGCCUUGGCAAUGUAUUUUUCCAUGGAUCAUUCGGCGCCCGGGGAUCUCCUCUACCACACAGGGGAAUCGAUAGACACGCUGUCUUUUGUCGUGUCAGGAAGUCUGGAAGUCAUCCAAGAUGAAGAGGUCGUUGCAAUCUUAGGAAAAGGCGACGUGUUCGGUGACUGCUUUUGGCGGGAACCAACGAUAGGCCAAAGCUGCGCCAACGUCCGCGCUUUGACGUACUGCGAUCUACACUCGAUUAAGAGGGACAAGCUCCUGGAAGUUCUAAACUUCUACCAUGCAUUCGCAAAUUCGUUCGCCCGGAAUCUUCUUCUAACCUACAACCUACGACAUCGGUUGAUAUUCAGAAAAGUAUCUGACGUCAAACGGGAAAAAGAACUCGCAGAACGACGUAAAAACGAGCCUCUGCAAGAAUUGAGUCAAGACCAUCUCGUUCGAAAGAUCUUCUCGAAGUUCCGCAAAGCCUCAACCGUGGACCAGCAGCACAGACCGCCUUCGAUUGACCUUGAGAAAGGCAACAUGACGGCAUCGUUUCCAGCUGGCGGAGAAACACCCGCUUCUAACCCCGUACACCCUGGCCACCCUGCCUCGCACGCACCCCAUGUCCCGCUACCCCGCAACGUGUCAAUCAACGUAAGUGAGCCUCCGGCUCCUAGCGCAUUGCACCCCUCGGCGGGCCCGAAGCUGUCCAGAUGGGCCGCUCUCCGUUCCGAUUCCAAAGAGAACACCGGCACAACAGCCGCUGCCGCGACUCCGACGACCACAACGAUAACCACCACGUCCUCGACCGGUGCGCCAGAAGUCGCUGAGAAGGAAGGAACAGAUUCGGCAGCGAGUAAAGGUUCCUCAAAAGUCUCCACCGGAAACGGUGGCGGCCAAACUCCUAGUCAAGCAGCUACUAGAUUCUCCAAAUGGGGGAAGACCAUGGCGAGUUCUCGUCACGAAACCAUUGAGGAAUCAGCUGGAGAAAUCAGUGUCAGUUCUGAUCAGAGCACUGGAGCGACUAGGGUUCCAGCGAUCAUGGCCGCCCCUUCAUCGGGCCAACAGGUCGCGCCUCACGCAGAUUACCAACAGGUUCUCGCGAAUCUUGUGGAUAUGCGGAUCGACCUGAAGAUGGAGCUAGGACGAAUACAUCAGAAGAUCACCAAGAUCGAUCACUCGUUGGAGGAGUUUUUGCAUCGGCAACCCGGCGCUCCACCGGGUAGACCGGCACUCCCUCAUCCGGGAUCGGAGGGCAGCCUUGAGACGGCUCAUAGACAAGGAGGGCCCCAAGAUCUAGCAGUUCCGGAGAUCAUGGGAGUGGGCCAACUUGCCAUUCAAGAAGCCCGACUUCUAUCAGAAGCACAGGGAACUGCUAGACGUAGAAGUCACGAUGACGAAGCGACAGACGACGGAGGAACAACGGGCGGCGAUAACAGCGCCGCCCUUCCUCCGUGA